AUGGCUGGAAAUGGUUAUGAAUCGUAUGGCGAUGAUAAUGUUGGUAAUAUAAUCAUUGACGCAAAUAAAACACCAAAAAACAAUGGUUUUAUGUAUAACACUGGUGAUGAUGCUGUACCAGAUUACAAUGAAGCAUUUCCAAAAUUGGUUGGUGAUAAACGUGCACCCGAAUCCAGUUUAUUUCUGUCAUCUUCAAAAACAAUGACGACAAAUAGUGGAAAUAUAACUUCAUCAAAUGCAAAUAAUAACAAUAUGCAUACGACAACAUCAGCUACAAUCACUCAACGCUCAGAUGAUGAUGAAAAACGACGAAAAAUGGCUAUUCAUGCAACAACAUCGACAACAAAAAUAAUUGAAAUUCCACCAGAAGAACGUUUAGCCGAUAAUCCUAGACGAAAUAAUAAUCAGAAUCAGAAUAAUCAACGAAAUAAUGCUGGAAACAAUUCUGUUGGAAAUAACUUUGGUCAAUCAUUACAAAAACUAUGUACACGAAUAGAAAAAGACACAGCUACAAAUAUAACAUUUUUUUAUAAAGAUCAAACACUGGUUGUUAGUAUUACUGGUAAACCGGAUAGCGUACGCACAGCACAGAUGUUAAUUUUAAAUGAAUUACAGGCACGCGUUCGUCUAGCUGUUCAUAUACCACCAGAAUACCAUCGUUUUAUUAUUGGUGCAAAAGGAGCAGUAUUACAAAAAUUAGAAAGUGAUACGUUGACAAAAAUAGCUGUACCACAACAAGAUUCGAAAUCAGAUGCAAUUAUUGUUUCCGGUUCAAAAGAUGGUGCGAAACUAUGUGAACAAAAAAUAUUAGAAAUAUAUAAUCAACAAGCAAACAAAGGUCACGAACGUUUAGUCAUUCCACAUCUAUAUCAUCCAUGGAUUAAGAAUCAUUUGCAAGAACAAUUAUCGACUGAAUUAAAAGUUCUCAUUGAUAUUCCUCCAUCCAUUAAGCAAACUGAUGAAAUAUCUAUACGCGGUGAGCGUGAACCCGUUGAACAAGCAAAAAUGAAAAUAAUGCGUUACUACAAGGAAUUGGAUGGUAAAAUCAUGACAUUUCCAUUAGAUAUACCAAAACAGCAACAUCGUUUUAUUUUGGGUAAAAAAGGAUCGGGUUUAAAAGAAAUUUUUGAUGCUACAGAUGUUGAUGUUAAAAUACCACAACAAGACGAUGAUACGUCAACAAUUCAGGUGAUUGGUGAAAUGUCAAAAAUUGGUGAAGCUAUUACCAUGAUUUAUAAAAUAGCCAAUGCAGUAACGUUAGUUCAAAUCGAUGCACCCAGAUGGAUGCAUAGUGUUGUACGUGGUGAACGAAGUGUCAACAUCGACAACUUCAAGCAACAAUAUCCUGAAGUGAAAAUAUUUUUUCGUCAAGAUCGUAUCGAUGUUGAAGGACCACCGGAAGAAGUUGAACCUGUUCGAACGCAAAUUCAAGAAGCAAUUGAUAGCCUUAAAUUGAGUAAUACAACGUAUCAAGAAUUAGUUAUUGAUCCACAACAUUAUAAGCAAUUAAUUGGAAAAAAUCAAAUACGAUUACAUGAAUUACAAGAUGAAACGGGUUGUGAUAUUCGAUUUCCGAUAUUCGAUUCGAAUAUUCGAAUCGUAAAAUUAAUGGGCUCAGCAACAAGUGUCGAAAAAGCAAAACAGUUAUUAUUAGAUAGAGUAGCAAAACUAGUAAAUGAACGUGUAACAGAUAUUUCAAUUGAACCACAAUAUUAUCCACAAAUAUUUGGUUCAUAUGGGAAAAAAAUAGAUGAAAUUCGUCAAAAAUUUCAUGAUGUUCAAAUAACAUUUCCAGAUGCUAAUGAUAAAAGUAAUAAAGUUAAAUUACGUGGCGAUAAAGAUGAUGUUGAAAAAUGUACACGUUAUUUACAACAAAAAGUAAAAGAUAUGUAUUCACUUGGUGUAACCGUACCAAAAAAAUUUCAUCGUAUGAUUAUUGGUAAAGGUGGUGCGAAUAUUCAGAAAAUACGUGAAGAAGUCGAUGUUCGUAUUGAUAUACCAGCGGAUAAUCAAGAUUCAGAAGUCAUUAAAAUAUCAGGUAAAAAAACAGAUGUUGAUAAAGCAAAAACAAUGAUUGAUACAAUCGUUCAACAACUUAAUGCUAAUUUUGAAAAUUCUGUCGAGGAUACGAUAACAAUUGAUCCAAAAUUCCAUACAAAAUUUUUUUCACGUAAUCGUGAACUAUUACUAGAAUUACAACAUCAAUAUGGCGAUGUGAAUAUUAAAUUUCCCGAACGUAAUACACAAAAUGAUCAAAUACUAUUGCGUGGAACGAAAGAAGCAGUUGAAGGUGUUAAAAAACGUUUAAAUGAAUUAAUUGAUACAUGGGAGAAUACAAUUACACGUGAAAUGAAUAUAUUACAAAAACACCAUGGCUAUUUGUUAGCACAAGGUGGAUAUUAUAUUCAACCUAUACAAAAAGAACAUAAUGUGCAAAUUAAAUUUCCUGCACGUCGUCAACCUCAGGAUGAUCAACAACAAGAAUCAGAUUCACAACAAGACGUAGUUAAACUUAUUGGCAGACAAGAAAAUAUUGAUAAAGCCAUGAGUGAUUUAGAAAAAUUGAUACCUAUUGACGAUACCGUUGAUAUUCCACGCGAAUUAUACGGACAAUUAUUAGGAAGACAAGGUAGUAAUAUUCAAGCAUUACGAGAUCAAUAUCCCGACGUACAAAUAUUAUUUCCAACAGCUGACUCCGGUUCAAAUAUAAUUACUUUAUAUGGUCUACGUGAACCAGUGGAAGCUGUUAAAAAAUAUUUAUUAGAACGUCAUGAAAAAUAUCGUGAAGUAAAAGUUUAUAUUAAACCUGAACAUCGUUCAUUAAUUAUUGGCCCACGCGGUAGAACCGUAAAUAAUUUAAGAACUAAAUAUGAUGUUAAUAUAAAAGUUCCACAAAAUGAUGAUCAAUCUGAAGAAAAUAAAGGUGAGAAUGAUGUUAUUAUUCAAGGUAAUGAAGAUAAAGUGAAUGAGUGUCGUGAUGAAAUAUUGGCAAUUAUUAAAGAUGUCGAAUCGAAAAUAACAAUGGCAAUUGAAAUUGAUCCACGUAUACAUGCACGAAUUAUUGGCACAGGUGGUAGUAAAUUACAGCAAAUACAAAAGGAUUAUAAUGUUGAUAUACGUUUUUCACAAUCAAAUAGUUCAAAUGUAUAUGUUAGCGGAAAAGAUCAAGACAAAAUUGAUGCGUGUAUCGAUCAUCUAUUAGUACUAGAAGAAGACUUCCUUCAAGAUAUGCCCCAUCGUCAAACAUCUAAUAUACAGCAACAAGGUGAAAUGACAUUUCAACAUCAAUUACUUGAGCAACAACAACCUGAUCAAGUGACAGCAAAUGCCAUAACAUUUGUUGGAGCUAAAAAACAGAAACAACAAAAGCAGACAUCAUUUAAAGUUAAAAAUGCACCAUGGGGUUCAUCGUCAAACGAUGAAAAUAAUAAUAAUAACGAUGAACAACAUACAUCAUCAAAUAUGAAUGGUACAGCUCAAUCGCCAAAACAAAAUGGGACAAAAACAUCAAAGAAAGAUAGACAAAAUAUAUUGGACACUAAUGAUUUAGCUAAAUUUGUAGACCGUGAAUUUCCAACAUUUGCAAAUAACGGUUUGACAUUGUCAACAAAUGAAGUAAAUAAUCAGCAACAGUCAGUCGUUAAUACAAUACCAAUUAGUUGGGGACCAUCAUCUAAACGAAAAGAAAAAACAUAA